AUGAUUAGGAUAUUAUCUAUCGUGUUUAUAACAACUGCGCACUGUCAAGUGGCUCCUCUAAUCUACGCAGCACCUACCGCUGUCUCUCAUCAAUCAAGAGUGGAUGUAAAGAAUACACCAGGAUUUAUUUCCGCGCCCCUCAUCUAUAGUCCAGCAAUAAUAAGUCCUAAAGAAGUGACCAAUGAAGCGGUAAUUACACCAGUUUUAGCUGUAGAUACAGUUUUGACUCCUAUAGCCCUGACUUUUUUUAACAAUCUUCCGUUAUCGAGAGCUCUCAAACAUCCAAUAUCGAUAGGAAUGAUGCAAGAAGAAGCAGAGAGGGAAGAACAUGAAAUCGAAAGUCAAACACACACUGAAAAGGAAAGUUCUAUAAAUGAUGAAAUAAUAGUAGAAAACAACAUGGAAAACACAGUUCCGAACGUUAGUGCUGGUGUUGAAGAAAAUAGUGACGAUGUUACCAGUGAACCACGUGAAACUAUGAUCGUUAAGGAAUAG